GCUAUCGAACGUUUCGAGACAGUCGUUCACUGUCUCAAUACGGUAGCGCUUCUAAGGAUUUACCACAUCGUUUAGCAAAGUACGUGGACAAAAUUUGAUCUUAGUGUUUGUCCAUUCGGUUACAUUCAGAUCUGCUCCUCCUAACCACUUAACGGUCAUGGCGCAGUCGGAACUGCUUGAAGUUUAUUUGAGAGAAGAGAGGAGUUCUGUACAAGAAAAGCGCCUCUUUGCAUGUUCGCUUUGUCCAUACAGGACGGACAGACGCAACAAUUUAAAGCGGCACACGGCUACAAUGCACGAACAGAGCACAGCCGUCCUCGAGUGUUGUGGCGGCCGUUUCGCUAAUAAGGCAGCGUUACGGCACCACACGGCAGCAUUCCAUCGCCAUGGGUAUAUAUGCACAAUCUGUUCUCGGGUGUUUUGCCGUCGAGCUUUGCUCCGGCGCCACCAUGCUGUUCAUUCGGGCUACAAGGAAUUCGCCUGCAGCCUCUGUGACUACGCCACUUCACAUAAAAGUAAUUUGGAAAGACACAUGAAGAUACAUGAAAGUGGAGAUAAAUAUUCGUCGUCGUCGUCGUCGGGCCAAUCAGCUCAGCACGACCGCUCGUCUCCAGAAGUUGAUUUUUACCACGCUGAUGAUUCAAACAAGUCCUACUGCGUGCCGCCUCCGUCGCGUGAUCACAACCCAAUCCUUGCGAGCCUACUAAGUCAACCUGCUCACGACGCUGAGGUGAUGCAAUGGAUUUACCAGUCGCCCUACGAUUCGUACUCAACUCAGCUGAUCAAUCCGCCAAGUAGCACCCCGUUGGCCGAUUCGCCAACUGCAGUUGAACAUCCGAUUCGAGGCGAGCAGCGAUGGAACUACGACUCGCUAAGUCAAGAAUCUCUUCGCUGCCGAUCGCAAGAGUCGUGCGCAAUGACCAGGUUCGAAUCGUCCAAGAGUCAAACAGUUCCGAGAGAAGCUUCUAGUCUGCCUCUUCGUCAUGCGAUUGACGUCAUUCUCGGCGUCAAAGAAGAGUUACCCAAACGCUCCUCGCUGGCCGGCUUCGUUUACUGUGCCGACCAGGAUGUGCCAGCCACGUCUUGCGUUGUUACAACGGCGUCGAAUCACUGGUCGAUUGGCCGUUUAUCUAGUUCAACUCUGCAUCAACACAACGAGUUAGCGACGUUCGCAGAAAGGAUCGAUGCUAGUCACAAUAGUCACGAAUUUAAUCCCGACACGGAUUCGUCCAUGUCUGAUCAUGCUGAUGCCUGUCUAGGACAAAAACGCUCGUGGCAUAUGGUUGAUCUUUACCGUCCCUCACCUCCACCUUCCAAUCAGGAGUCAGUCAUAGAGUCGGAAAAGGAUUUCACAUAUGUGCCUAAGAAACUACGCAUGUCCAAACGCUACCAGACUGGUGCUCAAAGCCCUUAAAUUCUCCCUUUCAUUAGUUAUGUCCCUCGUGGACACCUGUUUUUUUUUUUUUUUUCCCUGGCUGAAUUCGCCUUGUCAUUUUUGUGCAUUUCUUUCACAUUGUUCUACCAAUAGAAUGGUUUUGUCGUUA